GAGCACGACGACGUUUUCCAGAGCCACUGCAUGACUUGGAGCUCUUCCAAAACUCCUUCUGGUUUCCUAUACUUCGUUGACUGGCAGUCUCCGUUUUCACCGACAAUAUGGCGAAUCCAUUUGCAGCCGAUAAGAAGCACUAUGUUGACGCAAGCGUAGCUCAAACGUUUGUGGAAACCGUCUUAACAGCAAAUGGGGUUGCACCGAUCAAUGCAUCCAUAGUCGCUCGCUGUCUCAUCGCUGCAGACCUUCGCGGGGUUGACACCCAUGGGAUAAAUAGGAUUCCCUCAUAUAUGGAGCGAAUCCGACAAGGCGUUCUGGAUGCUUCUGCGACACCAGGAUUAAAGCAAAUCACACCCGCUGUAGCACAGAUCGAUGCCAGAAACGGAUUUGGUUUUGUGGCGGUAGACCUUGGUAUGGCUGCAGCGAUCGAAUCAGCAAAAGUCUUUGGAAUCGGCAUGGCUAGCAUCAAAAAUUCGAAUCACUUCGGGAUGGCCGCAUGGGUCGUGCAGAAAGCCCUCGAUUCUGAUAUGAUGAGCUUGGUGUUUACGAAUUCCAGUCCUGCAUUACCGGCGUGGGGCGGCAAGAGCAUGCUACUAGGCGUGUCACCCCUAGCGUGCGGUGCACCAGGGAAAGAAAAGCCGUUCAUCCUUGAUAUGGCGCCAUCCAUUGCUGCACGCGGAAAGAUCUACAAAGCGAAGAGGAGAGGCGAACAAAUACCCGCUGACUGGGCGCUCGACAAGAAUGGCAAGCCAACAACAGACCCCGCCGCUGCCCUUGAUGGCGGGGUCAUGCUACCCAUGGGUGGACCGAAAGGAUCUGGAUUAGCAGUUAUGAUGGAUGUAUUCUCUGGCGUUCUCUCAGGGUCAGCCUUCGCUGGGCACGUAGCCGGCCCAUAUGACGCCUCGAAACCUUCGAACGUUGGUCAUUUUCUUGUUGCUAUCAAGCCUGACUUGUUCAUGAGCCUCGAAGAAUUUAGAGAGAGAAUGCAGUACCUCUACAACAGGGUUGUUAGCGCUGAAAAGGCGGACGGCGUCGAUCACAUUUACUUCCCUGGAGAGCUUGAGCAACUGCAACAACAAGCACGAGAGGCGACGGGCAUACCCUUAGUUCAGGCUGAGAUAGAUGCUUUGAAUGCUGAGGCAGACAAAGUGGGUGUAGAGCAUCUCGAAAUCCGGCCAAAUCCAUGAACAGGCUGGUGAAUGGGUUUCAUGUACGCUAUCCUAGAGCCCUCGCUCGUUCAUUUUGGACCAUGCCAAUUUACAGAGCAAGUCCCGUUCAUCAUGACUGGAGACAAACUUAGACUCUCAAACCCAGAGGAUUUCAACUUCCCAACUGGUUC